GUUCAGUCCACGUGGAGAACAUCCAGGGUGCUCACAAGCACAUUAAAGAGAAACGUCACAAGAAGAACAUCAUGGAGAAGCAGGAGGAGAAUGAGUUGCGAGCGCUGCCGGGUCCCUCUCCGGCCCAGUUGAGAGUGCUAGACUCGGCCGUGCUGGAAGCGGCAGAGGUGCAUGGCAUCUCAGAGGAAGACUUCGCGCUGAGGCAAGCCGUGGUGCUCAGGAUGGAGGGGAUUAUACUCAAACAACUCACAGCGUGCUCUCUCCGUCUGUACGGCUCCUGUCUCACCCGCUUCGCCUUCAAAACGAGUGACGUCAACAUCGACGUCUCUUAUCCCUCCUCUAUGACUCAGCCUGAUGUGCUGAUCCAGGUGCUGGAGAUCCUCAAGAACAGCGUGGAGUUUGCUGAGGUGGAGUCAGAUUUUCAUGCCAAAGUCCCUGUUGUUUUCUGCAGAGAUGUGGCCAGUGGGUUAAUGUGCAAAGUGAGCGCAGGAAAUGAUGUCGCGUACCUCACCACCAAUCACCUUGCAGCUCUGGCCAGACUGGAGCCGAGGCUCGUGCCUUUGGUUCUGGCCUUCCGUCACUGGGCCAAUCUGUGCCACAUCGACUGUCAGGCGGAGGGAGGAAUCCCGUCCUACUCGCUGUCUCUGAUGGUCAUAUUCUUCCUGCAACAGAGAGCCAAGCCCAUCCUGCCCGUUUAUCUAGGAAACUGGAUAAAGGGCUUUGACGAGAAGCGCGUGGAUGAGUUUCACCUGAUGGGGAUGGAGUCGGACUCGUUCGUGGGUUGGGAGCACAGGCCCGCUCCUGCAGGCGGGGACGGCAAAGCCAAACCCGAACCCAAAACCCAAACCGAGAAGAAGGCCGAACACGCUAAGGGCAAGACUCGUCUGACGCUGGAGGAGCCUGUGAGCGCGUCUCUGGGCCAGCUGUGGCUGGAGCUCCUGCGCUUUUACACGCUGGAGUUUGCGCUUGAGGAGCACAUCAUCAGCAUCCGUCUGAAAGCGCUGCUGCCGCGGGAGCUCAAGAACUGGCCUCGCCGCAGACUCGCCAUCGAGGAUCCGUUUGCAUUGAAGAGGAAUGUGGCUCGCAGUCUGAACAGUCAGAUGGUGUUUGAAUACAUCCAGGAGCGCUUCCGCAUGGCCUACAAGUAUUUUGCCUGUCCGCAGAGCAGGAACGGAGCAAACGCCAGCCGUGGCUUACUGAGGAAGAAACCCAGACGUUCUCGCACGGCCCGAUCCCGCAGCCUGGACCGGAAGAACCGGGGAGAGGUGGAGAAGAGCGGCGAGGAGGACGGAGACAGCAGUGAUGAGGAGGAUGAGAGGGAUAUGGAGGAAGAGGAGAGCCUGAGAGCGGGGUUCACCGAGCUCCUGGUGAGCGACGGUGGGAUGGAUGCCAGAUCUGAGGCGGUUUCCCAGGAACCCUCCACAGCCACGUCUCCUUCCGCCCUCAACGGCCUGCUGAUGGACAGCGACGAGGAGGAGGAUAAAGAGCAAGACAUGGAGAAAUGGAACAGUAUUGCACCAGAAGAUAUGCACUAUGUCUUUGACAGGAUGAUCUUCACUGGAGGAAAGCCACCAACGGUUGUGUGCAGCAUCUGUAAGCGAGACGGCCACCUUAAAGACGAGUGCCCUGAAGACUUCAAGAAGGUUGAGCUGAGACCUCUACCGCCCAUGACCAUACUCUUCAGAGAGAUCCUGGACAGACUCUGCAUGCUGUGUUACCGUGAGUUAUCGCCGUCUCUCAUCGAGCAGCAGAAGAGGGAGCAGAUUCUGGGCAGUCUGGAGCGCUUCAUUAGAAAAGAGUACAACGAUAAGGCCCAGCUCUGUCUGUUUGGCUCUUCUAAGAAUGGCUUUGGGUUUCGUGACAGUGACCUGGACAUCUGUAUGACACUGGAGGGUCACGACACCGCUGAGAAGCUGAACUGUAAGGAGAUCAUCGAGGGUUUAGCAAAGGUGCUGAAAAAGCACACAGGUUUAAGGAAUAUCUUGCCUAUCACAACUGCUAAAGUGCCUAUAGUGAAGUUUGAACACAGGCAGAGCGGACUGGAGGGAGACAUCAGCCUCUACAACACACUGGCCCAACACAACACCCGGAUGCUGGCCACAUAUGCUGCUAUAGACCCUCGUGUGCAGUAUCUGGGCUACACUAUGAAAGUAUUUGCCAAGCGCUGUGAUAUUGGCGACGCCUCCAGAGGAAGUCUGUCCUCCUAUGCUUACAUCCUCAUGGUGCUGUAUUUCUUACAACAGAAACAACCACCAGUCAUCCCUGUGUUACAAGAGAUAUUCGAUGGGAGCACUGUUCCUCAGAGGAUGGUGGACGGCUGGAACGCUUUCUUUUUCGAUGACCUUGAUGAGCUGCGGCGGCGACUGCCGGAGCUCCAUCAGAAUAAGGAGACAGUCGGGGAGCUAUGGCUCGGCCUGCUGCGCUUCUACACAGAAGAGUUUGAUUUUAAAGAGUACGUCAUCUCCAUCCGCCAGCGCAAACGCCUCACCACCUUUGAGAAACAGUGGACGUCCAAAUGCAUCGCAAUCGAAGAUCCCUUUGACUUGAAUCACAAUCUUGGGGCUGGUGUUUCUCGCAAAAUGACUAACUUCAUCAUGAAGGCCUUCAUCAACGGCAGGAAGCUGUUCGGCACCCCAUUUUACCCUCAGCUGGGAACAGAGGCCGUGAGUCACACUACAACUGCUAACGCCAUUUUAACCUUCAUUUCAUGUCUCAUUUCAUCUUCAUGUGUCAUGGCGAGCUCUCAGUCCAUCCCCAUUCCUCAAGGUGCUUCAGUCCAGGAUCGGGCUGGACGGCACAGGCAGCCCUCUGAAUGUUCUGAUACGCGUCAGACUCCUCCGUACUCCCCUCAGCCGUCUCCCUACAGCCAGGCGUCCGUCUCUCCGCAGAACAGCAAGCCUUCCUCUGCAUCCUCUACCUCCAAACCCUCCCAACUGCAGCAGGUUCCACAGGUCCAACUUCCCAUCUUCAGCUUCCCCCAUUCCCACCCGGGGCCGUACCACGCCGGGCUCUCCGCGCUGGGCCUCCUGCCUGCCCACCCCCAGCAGCCGCCCCUCACCUCUGCCUCCUGGCCCAUCCACGGCCCUCUCAUCCAGGGCUCUGGGGCCUCCACCGCCUCCGGCCACCCGUCCUCUCCUGGCCUGAAGUUUGCCAUCCGGGGUGGUGGAGGCGGGACUGGAGGCGGGCCAGUGGUGAGCCCCGCCCCCAUGAACCUGAACGACCCCAGCAUCAUAUUCGCUCAACCGUCGACGGGGCGGGUGGCUGGUGGAGUGGGCGGCGGCCCGGCCCGAGAAAGGGUGCACCCCUGGCACAAUCACCAUCUCAAUCCGGGGCCACUUGUGGGGAACGGCACAAUAAACAAGACAGAUCCUAAUUUCCCAUCUCAUUUUGGCGGCGUGACUCAGGGCUCUCGGCCCUGGGAGCACAGCAGUGCUGCUCCGUAUUCGCUGUCUCCAUCCUUCAUGCCCUACCGUCUGCCACCCUACCUGCAGCAGCCCAACAAACCCUUCAUCUCACAAGGCUCUCUAGUGGCAAAUCAACAUUACCCGCUUAUUCAACAUGGCCGGCACGGCAAUCUCAACUACAUUCAGCAGAAGAAAUGACACUUUACUUUGUAAACCAAUGCCCAAGGUCCUUAUAGAAAAAAAGAGACUAACUUGGCAUGAUUUGGUGAUUUGGAAACUUUUUAAAAUGAAUUUUAUCUUUUUUUGUACAGUUUUUAUGUCUUAUUUUCCUUUUAUUUCUGUGUGUAUCAUCACAUUGAUUUGUGAUACAAAAUGUCAAAUAUUUUAAUACCCCUAUUUUUGGAGGGGUCCAAAAAAAGUGUUUUUAUUUUGUGUGUAAAAUAAGGAUUUAAAAUUUAUUCACUUUAUUUUUAUUAGCAGUAUUCCUAUUUUGCUUGCAUAAGGACAAAAGGCUUUAGAUAGGAAAAUCAAACAUAACAUAACCCAAUAAGAAAAUGAUGUAGAGCCAAAAACUUCCCUAUAGCAAACCAAGAAAACAGACAAAAAAGACCAGGAAAAAAAAAUCAAGAAAAGACAAAAAAAAACAAAUAAAGAAAAAGCAAACCAACAUGCUGAUGUGUUGCUUUUAUGUAUUUUUAUACAUAAAAAUAUGUAUAACACAUAUUCCUGUCUUGCAAUUAAUCUGACCUCUGCCUUUUGUGAGAACCAUACCAUAUUU